AUGCCGACACGAUCAAGACCAUCACCGCCAUCUCCACGGCGUACCACAUUUCUAGUCCCUGGGAUCCAUUGUCCCACUUGUGCCUCCUUCAUCGAAGGCUUCCUCUUCUGCCUCCGUCCAAGACCUGUCUCCGUUGAGACUUCGAUCAUUUCGCACAGCGUUACCGUCACACACGAUUCGUUGCUGAGCGUGCGUACAAUAUCCAAAGAACUCAGCAAGGCCGGCUACGAAGUUGAUGCCGUCAUCCCGGAUCCUAUAACGGGCAAAGCAUCACCAAACGGCGCCCGUGGUGGGUCCGAUGAUGACUUCCCGUUCGCAUGGCUUAAUCAAGCUGUAGAGCGGUGGAACCUCAGCCGGAAGGCUACCGAUGAGGAGACGAAGAGAAGGCGGCAUAUGGAGCAUUGCGAGCAAUGUCGCGCCCAGCAUCAGGAAACCAGGUCCCAAGAAGACGAUCGAAUAGCCUCCUCCGAUCGGUCGUCCGACACAGAGCAGGUCGGCAGCCCGUUUGUCGUUGUCGAUUCGGCAUCGGAGCCGAUCAAGACGUUCCAGGCGUCCAUAUCGAUUUCGGGAAUGAGCUGUAGCUCCUGCGUCGGCAAGGUCACAUCAGCCCUGGAGCAGAAGCCUUGGGUGAGGUCAGCCAGUGUCACUCUGCUCACGCAGAGUGCCACUAUCGAGUUCUAUGGAGAGCAGCAUGUCGAAGAGCUGGUGAAGAUCAUCGAUGGCAUUGGCUACGAGGCAAACCUGGAACAUGUGGAUGAGCUGCCGGGGGUAAGUCCCCGCGGUGCUGCCGACUUGUGGAAGGCCUCCUACUCCAUCGGCGGUAUGACGUGCAGCUCCUGCGUCGGUACUAUCACGACGGCUCUCGAUAGUUUUCCUUGGACGAAGAGCGUGGACGUCAAUCUCAUCACCAACAGCGCCUCCGUGGUCUUGGAGGAUAAGAGCCACCUAAGCGAGAUCAUUGAGGCCAUCGAGGACGUGGGCUAUAAAGCCAAACUGAGUGACGUCGUCAACCUACAGAGGGACAAGGCACGAGAUGGACGCAGGACCGUGUCGAUUCGCAUCGACGGAAUGUACUGCGAGCACUAUCCCCGUCGUGUCACCGAGGCACUGAACCAUUUCGGCAACCGUGUGACAAUCGAAAAGCCGGUAGUCAUAGGAAAGUCUAUCAUGACCAUCUCAUAUUCACCAGGCUCCGACUUCAAUAUCAGAGUCAUCCUUUCUGCCGUCUCGGCAGCCGACCCGGCCUUCAGCCCUACCAUAUACCACCCUCCUACGGUUGAGGAGCGCGCAGCACAAAUGCACGCACGCAUCCGGCAGAGAAUAUUCUAUCGCGUCCUGCUCUCCUUUGUCGUCGCUAUUCCUACCUUCAUCAUCGGCAUCGUCUUCAUGACCCUUGUUCCGCGAAGAAACCAAGGCCGUCAGUAUCUGAUGGAACAGCUACGUGGAGUCACCCGCGCGGAAUGGGCGCUGUUCAUCAUGGCGACGCCGGUAUACUUCUUCGCAGCCGACGUCUUCCACCGCCGUGCCAUCAAGGAGCUGCAUUCCUUAUGGAAGCGUGGUAGCCCCGUUCCAGUUCUCCGCCGUCUCUACCGUUUUGGUAGCAUGGACAUGCUAAUGUCCUUCGGCACCACGAUUGCCUACUUUUCCUCCAUAGUGCAGCUGAUCAUUGCCGCCACGCUACCCGAUCCCAUGGACAUGGAGGAAAACUCAACUUACUUCGACUCGGUUGUCUUCCUGACCAUGUUUCUGCUCAUUGGUCGUCUGAUCGAGGCAUAUAGUAAGGCGAAAACAGGCGAGGCAGUGACCAUGUUGGGCAAGCUUCGACCGAAAGAUGCCCUCCUAGUCCUUCCAGACAACGAUCAUGGCGAUUCCAACGGCACCCAAAAGGUCCCCAUUGACAUGCUCGACUUUGGUGAUGUGGUUAGAAUUGUGCAUGGCGGUUCCCCGCCUUGGGAUGGUGUUUUUCUCGAGGGUGAGAGUGAGUUUGACGAAUCUAGCCUGACAGGUGAAUCGAGGCGCGUCAAGAAGACUGCUGGCGACCAAAUCUACUCGGGCACUGUCAACAAAGGCGGACCUAUCUCGAUACGGAUCACUGGCACCUCUGGGGAUUCUAUGCUGGAUCAGAUUAUCAAAGUGGUGCGAGAGGGCCAGGCGCGACGUGCGCCAAUAGAAAGGGUGGCUGAUACGCUCACCAGCUAUUUCGUCCCGGUUGUCACUCUCAUCGCCAUCGCAACAUGGUUGAUCUGGCUGAGUCUCGGUCUGUCUGGGACUCUGCCUGAAGAGUACCUGGACGUCGCGGUUGGUGGCUGGCCUUUCUGGUCUUUGCAGUUCGCCAUCGCAGCCUUUAUCAUUGCCUGUCCAUGUGGCAUUGGCCUUGCAGCUCCAACGGCGCUUUUCGUUGGCGGGGGUUUGGCAGCUCAACACGGGAUCCUCGUCAAGGGCGGAGGAGAAGCCUUCCAGGAAGCGAGUGGACUCGAUGUUAUCGUCUUCGACAAGACGGGCACCCUGACGCAGGGUGGUGAACCCAAGAUCACGGACCAUCAAUUAUUCAUCUCGGAUGGUGGCAACUGGGAUGAGCAGGCGAUUCUAAAUGCCCUGGGAGAACUGGAAGGAAACAGCAGCCACCCAAUCGGCAAAGCCAUCGUUGCCUUUUGCAAAUCCAAGAGUGCAAUGGGUGCCAAUGCGAAUCAUAUAGAGGAGAUACCAGGGAAGGGAAUGAAGGGUUCAUUCAGCAUCGAAGCACUGUCGCAACAGGUCGAAGUGCUCGCGGGGAACGAAGCCCUCAUGACCGCCCACGACAUCUCCUUUGACAGCAUUACGUCCGCCACUCUUGAUUCGUGGAAGGGUCAGGCAAAGUCUGUUGUGCUCGUUGCAGCUAGGUCUAUGCAACCCGCAUCGGAUUCAUCAUGGACGCCGCUAGCCAUUUUCGCGGUUUCUGAUCCUCUUCGUCCAGAAUCUCACCCGGUUGUCGAGGCACUUCACUCUCAAGGAAUAGACGUGUGGAUGAUUUCAGGAGACAAUCCAACGACCGCCCUGGCUGUUGGCGCCAUGGUUGGCAUUCCUCCAGAGCACAUCAUCGCCGGCGUGCUACCAGAGCAGAAGGCCGACAAGAUCAAGUAUCUUCAGAAGAGCCAACUGAAGCCUCAAUCCCGGUCCUUUUUCGGGUGGAGCAAGAAAUCCAGACAGAGAGCAACUGUCGCCAUGGUGGGGGAUGGUGUCAACGACUCUCCCGCCUUGACCGUUGCGGAUGUUGGAAUUGCAAUCGGCUCUGGCUCCGAUGUUGCCAUCUCUGCCGCCGAAUUCGUGCUCAUCGCACCAAGUUUAACCACCUUGCUCGCGCUGAUCAGGCUCAGCCGCACAGUAUUCAGACGCAUCAAGUUCAACUUUGCCUGGGCUCUUGUGUAUAACCUCGUCGCCUUGCCUAUUGCCGCGGGGGUUCUUUACCCAGUACGCAGCCGUGGUCAACACAUCAGACUCGAUCCCGUGUGGGCUAGUUUGGCUAUGGCUCUGAGUAGCCUGAGUGUGAUCUGCAGUAGCCUUCUCUUGAGAAGCAAACUGCCUGUUGUGGGUUUCAGAAACGAUAAGUCUUUGGGUCAAGCAUCACCUCAAACUGGUGUUUGCCUUGACAGAUCGUCACCACAAGCAGGCCGUGCUUGA